AUGCCAACGGCACAACGAAGUGUGCCCACUGUCAAUGACCUUAGGGUGAAACUCUGCUACAUAUGUCGGGAGGAAGAGCGAUAUGAUGCACCGGAGGAUCCUCCUAGACCAUGGACACACCCGUGCAAUUGCACUCUGGUUGCACAUGAGUCAUGUUUACUGCAGUGGAUUCAAACAUCUCAGCAGAAUCGAUCUCGUGCACCAAAUGCCCUGAAGUGCCCUCAAUGUGGAUCUGCCUACGAGCUCGAAAGCGAUAACCCUUGGAUCCUUAGACUUUUGGAUUCAGGUAACAAAGCGUUGUCACUCAUGGGAAGGAUGGUCACAGUAGCAAGCGUGACGAGUAUAGUUGUAUCCUUUGGAGCAGGCAUAUAUAUCGUAAGCACUGCAUAUGGUGCAUAUGCAUUGCAGGAGUUCUUGGGUAAAGAGAUGUUUGAUAUCCUCCUCUCGGAAGAUCCGAGUAACUGGCCGUGGCAUAGCUUCAUUAAUCUACCUCUAAUUCCUGUAGGACUUAUUGUCUCUCGCUUACCUUUCUCGACAACCGUCCUACCCAUUGUACCAAUGCUUCUUGCUUGGACCACUUCUACUCCAGUUCAGUCCAACGAACGCAUAAUUCUCGAAAAGUGGAAGAGUUCUAUCAUGGCUGCGCGCCGAGAAGAGUACCCCGUCCUUCCCAAUUGGCCACCACCCCCUAUGCUCCUGGGACUUUUCGUUUUCCCUGUCGUCCGUCACCUGUACAAGCGUCUUUCCACGUAUGUAUCCCACUGGGUCCUCAACACGCAUCCAAAUCAGGCCAACGCCCCAAUCCAACGCGUUGUCCUAGCUUUGAACGAAGGAGGUCCUUUCCGUAUUCGCAUCGGCGCCAAUCUCGAUGACCAUCCCGAAGGCGAUCAAGGAAAUGCUGCAAAUGCCCAGGCAGGCGCUCGCCAGCCGAAUGCCGAAGUAGGCGAUAACGCUGAUGCAGCGCCAGAGGAUGCAGCUGCAGCUGCAGAAAACACCAUACGUGUUUCUGGAACAUCACUAGGCCGCCUCAUCGGUGGAGCUCUGAUCAUACCGCGUAUUUCUAGCCUCAUGGGAUCACUUCUUUUGCGUUUAUCUAGGCACUCGCUGCUCCUGCGACGGAUAUUAGCCGUUCGUCCUCCGCUCCCCAGAGGAGUGGUUCUACCACCUUUGGGACCCAUGUUCAAUGAGAAGAAGUGGCAGACGAUGGGUCUAGCGAAACAAAUGGGACUGGCUGGUGUCAUGGGUUUGACUGUUGCCUGGAGGGGUACAUAUGCGUGGGCCGAGUGCGAUCCUGUCUGGUGGCGAAAUUCUAUAGGUCUCGGUCUUUUCACUCUGGCUAAAGACUGUCUAUAUCUUCUCCAUUUGUGGCUUGCAAAGCGCGAGCUGGAGAGCAGACGCGUCAAAAGUAGAUCGUUCGAAGGGGUGGAUGCCAGAGAAUUAGACCUUAUUGUGCCACGAACGUCAUGA